AUACACUAUAGUAGUGUACUUAUAUAGAUGUCGUUUGUCGUUUUACCCUAUCGGGCGCCUCCACACAUUUAAGUUCCUGUUUAGUCAAAUGGAGUUUAACAAGGCAUAGAUAAAAACUGCAACAAAAUAAUUAGAAAUGAGUGGUUUAUGGAGUAAAUUGACAUCUUUUUUCGGAGGAGGAGGUAGAAAUACACACAAUACAUCUCAUAAGUCAAAUAGUAAGAAGAAAAAAUCCGAGGAUUCCGUAGAAAACGGAGGUCAAGAACAGUACAAAGUUCAGAAAGUAACACGAACGUAUGAGGAAAUAGAACUACCAGAAGAUAAAGAUGAAAAGGAAACCGUAGAUUACACAGUUCACAAAGCAACGAGAUCGUAUGAUGAGAUAGAAUUACCGGAGGACCGGGAAGAAAAGGGUACAAUAGACUACACGGUUGAGAAAAAACCUCGUGCAUAUGAAGAGGUUGUGCUACCAGAAGACAACAGGUUGUCGCAGGAAAAGCGACCGGUCCUGAACUAUGUGGAGGUCGAAUUCACCAAACCACCUUCCAAAAAACAAUCAAUCAACAGAAAAGAUAGUAAGACUGAAUAUGCCGACGUCACUGUAAAAAAUAAGACUGUUAUUGUUAAAUAAACUUGUAAAUUAUAUGUAACUUACACUGUGUAAACAAAACAAAUAAAUAUGUAACUUACACUGUGUAAACAAACAAAAAAUAAAUGUGUUACUUAAAUGUGUAACUUACACUGUGUAAACAAAUGUGUAACUUACACUGAGUAAACAAAACAAAUAAAUGUGUAACUUACACUGAGUAAGCAAAACAAAUAAACGUUUAACUUACACUGAGUAAGCAAAACAAAUAAACGUGUAACUUACACUGAGUAAACAGCAAUUUAUAGUAAAUUUGUAAUGAAAAAUAAACUUUUAAAGGCAUAUAAAAUGCCACUUUGUUAUUCAUGGUGACAUCAACUUUGUUAUUCAUGGUGACAUCCACUUUGUUAUUCAUGGUGACAUCAACUUUGUUAUUCAUGGUGACAUCCACUUUGUUAUUCAUGGUGACAUCCACUUUGUUAUUCAUGGUGACAUCAACUUUGUUAUUCAUGGUGACACCAAAUUGAUAAGGAUGGUUGGAAUGUCAAAUGGCUCAAAACAAUUAUUCAGUAUUUGUAUGCUGAUGGCGACUCCUGACAUUGACAAUUUUAGACAGCACUUAGAAAUUCUUUCAGCUGGAGCACCGUCCCUAAUUAUAUAAAUUGAAUGAUUUCAUAUGUAUAUGUAUUGUUACAUUAUCCAAAUGCACCAUUUUAUUCUAGUCUACACAUGUAAAUAGAUUUAUUGUUUUCGCUGAAAUGAUCACCUGAUUAUCGUACCAUGACUUUCACUUUUUUAUAUUUGUAUUAAUCUUUGAGUUGUUACAGCAUAUAAAAGUAUGUGCAUCCCUUCCAUUAGUUAAUGGGGAAUUUCCUUUGGGGGGAGAAGGGGGGGGGGAGAGUAUCAUAUUGCCCACUCUUUGCUGUUUGUCUAUAUUUUGUAUUGUUGACAUAUACUCCAGAUUUUGAUUCGUUUCGUUUUUAGGUGGUAUUAUUCUCUUGAUUUCUAUUUUGAGAGACCACUAUUAAACCUUACCGUGCAAGGGUCGUAAUAUUACAGCCACUGCCGACAACCUGUUUUGUUGUUGCUCCAAUUGCUUUCUUUAUUUUCAGAAGCUUAAAAUUAAUAUAAUGUGAAGUUUAAAUCAAAAUUUUUUUGCCUGGUAAACUUUGAUUUUAACAGUAAAUAUAUCCCCGAAAAUGGAUCAGCUUUAAUAUUAUUUCAGUUGAGCACUAUGUAACAAAUACAAAUCUUAAAAGUUUUUUAUUUAGAGAACUCAGAUUCUAUUUUGAGUAUCGUUUUUAUUUAACAUAUUAUUUGUUAAUUUGUAUUAUAAUCUGUACCGCUAUAAAUUAUUUCAUAAUAAAAUGUUGUUGUAAACUAA